AUGAAGUGGUUUUCAUCCAAGAAGAUCGAAGUCCUGGAUUGGCCAGCCAACUCUCCGGUCCUCAACCCGGUCGAACACGUUUGGGGAUUACUUACUAGAGCUGUCUAUCGUCACGACAAGCAGUUUCAAACAGUUGACGAGCUCAAGGAUGUUAUUUGGGACGAAUGCGGCCAGCACUCGCCAACCAAUCUGGAGUCUCUGACGAAAAGCAUGCCGAACCGACUGUGCCAAGUGAUCCAAAAGUUUGGAGGAACAACUUCUUAUUAA